AUCAACCUGAAUGUGGAUGAUGACGUACAGUUUGUGAGAAGAACUCUGAAAGUCAAAAAGCCUCGAUUUGAUGCAUCCUUGGUUUAUUUGACCCGAAAAUUCAUGGAUCUUGUCAAAACAGCUCCAGACGGUGUCCUUGAUUUAAAUGAAGUAGCAACAACGCUUGGAGUACGAAAACGAAGAGUGUAUGACAUCACCAAUGUGUUGGAUGGAAUCCACUUAAUUCAGAAAAGAUCUAAGAAUCAUAUCCAGUGGGUAGGUUCUAAUCUUGACCAAAUUGUCGGAAAAGCACCAGAGCAGCAAAACCUUAAAGAUGAACUUUCUGACUUGUCAGCCAUGGAAGAAGCUCUGGAUGAAUUAAUCAAGGAUUGUGCUCAUCAGUUGUUUGAACUAACAGAUGACAAAGAAAAUGCAAAACUAGCUUAUGUGACGUAUCAGGAUAUCCGUAGCAUUCAGGCAUUUCAAGAACAGAUUGUGAUUGCAAUCAAAGCUCCAGAGGAAACCAAAUUGGAAAUACCAAUUCCUAAAGAAGAUUGCAUAGAAGUGCAUGUGAAGAGCACAAAAGGACCCAUUGAUGUAUAUCUAUGUGAGGUGGAACAAGAGAAGGCAGGUGCCAAGCCUUUUGAAGAUAUGGAUACUGUCACUUCUGAAAUCAAGCCAUCAGUUCCUCCUGAUGAAGUGAGAUCUCCGGGGGAAGAAAAAAAACAAACCACCUGA